AUGGGCUCAAUCACUCGACAGAUCAUUCACACAGCUAAAGCACCGGCCGCUAUUGGACCCUACAGCCAAGCCGUCCGCGUCAACAAUACUGUGUACCUUUCGGGAUCGAUCGGCCUCAACCCCGAAACCGGCGCUCUUGUUGAGGGAAUCAAAGAGCAGACACAUCAGAGUCUCCGAAAUAUCGGCGAGGUUCUCAAAGCUGCUGGUGCCGAUUACACAAAUGUUGUCAAAACAACAGUGCUUCUUGCGGAUAUCAAUGAUUUCGCGACAGUGAACGACAUUUACAAAGAGUACUUCAAGAGCAAUUUCCCCGCCCGAGCUGCUUACCAGGCGGCAGCUCUUCCAAAAGCAGCGCUCGUCGAAAUCGAAGCAAUCGCUGUGGUUGGAGAGAUCGAAGACAAAAGCGAG